AUGGAGGAAAAUUCGAAUUUCGGGGAGAGACUACCGCCAACAGUGACAGGGUUAUCGCCGACUGAAGGAGUUCCGGGAACCCAAAUCACGAUUCGAGGAGAGAAUUUAGGAUGUGAUCAGAGCGAUGUGAUCAUGCUGUUCAUUUGUGGCAUCGAUAGUUUGUGGAGUAUGAAGUGGAAAUCCCCAUCAAAAAUCAUCGCCCGCGUUGGAGCCGCGUCCAGAGGUCCCGGAGAGGUCCGAAUAGUGACAAAAUCCGGUGGAAAAGGCACUUCCAACGUUAAAUUCCGCGUUUUUAUCACUCAAAUCGGUCCGUUGGAGGAAUCUGCGGUUUGGGUCGAUGAGACAAGAACGGUGCCUGGGAGAGAGGCGAUAAGGAGUGUUCCACAGAUUCAGGACGAACGAGACGCGUUGGGGCUGGUUCCGAGUCAGAAACGUAUCGAUCAAGUCAUGCUGUCCCGCGAUUUUCCAGAUUGUUCUGGAAAUUUGCGAAUGGAGAAUUUCUCGCCGCAAUGGUACCUGCUGGAGAAUCAUGCCGACGCAACAAUCGAAGAUCUCCGAACUGCCAUCAAAAACAUGGAAUUGGCGAAACAAAACGACGCGAAACGGAGUGAGGAAAUGCACAAAGCCAAUCUAUACUCCCUGAUUAAUUGUGUGGAUACGCUGGCGAAUCUGCAUCAAGCACUCGAAAAGGGACAGAAUGCCGACCAUUUCGCAGCGCUGGGCAAUAUUUCGAAAUUGAUAAAAGACUCAAAACUGAAAGCCGAAUCCGUUUUCGCAGACGUUCUGAAACGGAAAGACGACGCGGAUGCGACAAGAAACGCUCUCGGAGUGAUCGUCAGAUUCAAAUUCAUCUUUUUCCUCUCGUCGAAAAUUGAGGAGAGUAUGAAGAAGGGCGAAUAUAUUACGAUUUUGAACGAUUAUACAAGAGCCAAAUCGUUGUACGCCGACACCGAUGUUCCAUUGUUUCGAGAAUUAAUGACCGAAAUCGACGCCAAAAUGGAGGUUUUCAAAGAAGAAAUGAAGCGAAAACUGAUCGACACGCCGCUUUCAUACGAAGAACAAUCGAAACUGAUCAAAUAUCUGAAAAUUCUGGAUCCAGAAUCGGAUCCAACGUGGGACUGCAUCACCUCCUAUUACGUUUGGCUCGAGAAAAACCUGUGGGAGCUACAGGAGAAGUUUCUGGAAAAGGCGAAAAUUGAAGACGUCGAGAGUCAGCAGAGAUUCCAUCAGAAUCCAGCAUCAUCACACUUUACGAAAAGCAACGAGCUUCAGAAUUUUGUGACGACGUUGGUGGAGCUGUUGCUCAGCAAGCUGCCGUCGUUUUGGAAGUUGGCUAAUACCUACCAUGCGUCGAGUGGAUCGCCGAAUGCCAUUCAGAGAUUGGAGGAUAUCAAUGAAAUGCUAACCAAACUGAUCAACGUCUCGUCGUGGCUGGUGCUCAACGCCUUAAUCACCAAAGCCCUUCCCGACUCGGUCCUCAAUCAAUACAGUAAUCAAUUUGCCAAAUGGCCGCCCGUCUCAGCGGAUAUCAGUCGAUCCAACCUCCAACAGAGCCUCAAAACGACCCGAUCGCUGAUUGCAUCGCUGUUAGAGAAUCAAUUCAAUUUGUCGCAUAUCGCUCCGUUGGUCGAACUUUGUAUGACCGUAAGACUGAAGUUGGUCUCGGAUUUCGUCGAAUGCGGCAUUGAAAGAAUCGCUCUCCUUGCUCAUCGUAUCAACUGGAAACAGGACAUUCUGGAUCGAGCCCAACAGACAAAAACCAUUCUUCCCGAUUAUUAUGAGAAUGAGAUCUGCGAAUGCCUGUCACGUACCCGAGACGCGCUCUCCACCACCGGCUACCCGGGCGAAGCGUGCCUAUUCUCUCGCGAUCGCUUCCGUGACACCAUCAUCGACCUGUUCGUCCAUCUGAUCACAUCGAUUAAGAUCUGCUUCGAUCGGCUGUUCACCCGUCAACGACCGCAAGCGUUGGUGCUCGAUGAGAAGCCCAAAAAAGGAGGCCAGGAAAUCACGACGAAAAAGUUGCUGAUCGCAGUUGGCGAUAUCGAGUUUAUCAUCGCCAAAACUCUGAAUAAUGUGGGGAAAAAGAUGCAAGAGUGUGGUGUGAAGCAUGUCGAUCAGAUACAGGAGAAAUCGCGAGCCAAACUAUCGGCAUUCCGAACGAAAAUGAUCAAUGACUGUAUUGCAAUGAUGGGCAGUGCAUUCCAACCGCUAAUUGCAUCCGCCACCUAUGAAUAUCUACCGGAUGAUGAUGACAUUUCGGACUACGCCAAAGAGAUGAUCCUGUGCUCUGUGCUCCAACAGGCCGAACUCGAGCUCUACGCUCCUCAGCUAGCCGUCGAAUGUCUUCAACACACGGUCUCCACAGCUCUCGACGCCCUGUUAACCCAUUUUUCCCGGCUAAAUCAGGACACAUCUCCACUUAUUGUCACCCAAAUUGUGAUUGAUUUGACUGGACUAGAAGAGGCAUUGUCCAGCUAUGCCACGCUGGCGAUUCGAGUUCAGAUUAAUAGCUAUCGAGCUGGUUUGGUGGGACGAUUCGAUAAUUUACGCCUCCAACAAUGUCUGAAAAAUAUGCGAACCACAAUGCGAAUGGCUCUUCAGUCUCUCGAGCAACACGCCGACACCAUUGACGACGACGCCAACAAUACGUCGGCGAUUUGA